GUAAUAUCGUUAGAUAGGCUAUUCGUUUUCCGCCAGUCUUGUCUCCACUUUAUUCUUUAACAAAGUUGAUUUUGGAAAAUGCAGAAGAAAGUCUAGGUUCUUAUUCAUACCAACCACAUAUAUCAGGUCUUCCAACAGGCUAUCUAGAUGACGUGGACACUUCUCAUUGUGCCUCUCCUGGGGGCCCUGUUAAUCGAUGCCUCAAGAUCAACGUCAACUACAAGCUCCACUUCAACUACUAAAACCAAUUCAUCCGCAAAGUUCAUGCCAAUUAAUGGACAGUGGUCAGGUUGGACAGUAUCUGAACAUAUAGACUGUGAUGACCAUUGCUUGGAAACAAUCGUCUACAAAAGAACGUGUAGGAAGCCAGUCCCCUCGAUUGAAGGUAGACCGUGUUUCGGAAACUCGACCUCAAACACUACAACAGUAUGCAGGUGGGACCUCUGCGCAAUCGAGAAAUUUGUGGGCUUGGGUAUGGGCCGUAUUGUCGUAAUAGCCAUUUUGGUGCUCCUUCUCGUUACUCUUUCAGCAGUUUGUUUUUUUACCAGAAAAAAGAAAACCAAAGAGGCCAGAAAACCAGAAGCCAUUAAGAUAGUAAGGCAUCCAGAAGAUAAAGUCAAAGUGAGAGCGCCAAAAAGGUCUCCAAGCUAUCAAAUGCAAUACGACAAUCCUGCCUUUUCAGCUUCACCUGAACGAAUAGUGCCAAGAAAAGUGUUCAAUCCAUCAAAAGUAAAACGACAAUCCUGACUUUACAACUUCAUAUGAUAGUGUCGAGAAAGUUCCCUAACUACUCCAUCCAAGAAACCUUAAGACUUGAGUCGAACGGAGACUCACGAUUGUAUACACACGUGGAUGUAGACGAACAGCUAUAGCAACAUUCCUGACAGAGUGGACACUUUUCAGGCGCACAUCGUUAAAGGGACAUACUCUAGUUUUCAAACACUAAGGCAUAUGUUUUACUAUUAGAGCCGUUUUUGAUAACUGAAAUUAUACUUUACUUAGAUUUUAAUGUUUAGAUUAUUCAUUUCCGUACAUUAGAAGUGUUUUUGGUCAUCCUGGUAUUUUUAAUAUGACAAAAUGCAUUUCUCGUAUUUUUAAAAACGCACAUACGUCUGAGAGAUAACAGUUAUUGAGUCAAGGUUUAGUCUAUUUUUAGAGGGUAUUUCACCAUUUCAAAGUCACAGACUUGUUUCACUCAAUUGUAACUUUAUCCAAAUGUGUUACAGGUUUGUAGAUUAACUAAACUUAGUGUUAAUUUUCAUGGGUUGAAACUAUCGUCUGUCCCUUUAAGGGAGGGGUGUGUGAGAUGGGGUGGGAGUGUAUGGUUAGGAAUUGGAAUAGCGUAUAGUUAGGUGGUGUUGAUGAACUAAACUCCUCAUGUAUACAAAAGGUAAAUGGUUUACCUGACCAAAAACAGGGCUCUUUGCCUGAAAUUGCACGUGAUUUUGGAAAAGGAUGUACAUUCAAGGCUGGCCUCUAUUCAUGGUGUUACAGUAUCCGAAAUAUGUAUACUGUAAACUGACGAGCUACAAUAAAGACAUGAAAUACAUCA